AAAAAAAAUAGGAGUCAGCUGUCAGUACAAUUAGAAAUAAGAUAUGAGCAUAAUAACACACUCAGCUAAAUAUUGUCUAAUUACUGUUAUCCACAAAAUCCCAGAAAUCCCAGAUACUUCUUUUUUUCCCAAUAUUGCAAACCCUUAUUUUUUUCUCUUUAUUUUUAUAUGCCACCCCAAGAUUUACUGUGGCCUCAUCUGGCCACCCCUAUAAAAAAUUUCUGGGGGUGCCACUGGUUGUAAUACUACAGAAUACAUGGGCAUCAGUUUUGGACAUGCUGAUCUGUUGACAACAAACACCCGCUUACCCCCACUGAAAGGCUUGGAAGAGCAAGGACAAAUUUUAAUAUAACUCCAGUUGGAUUCGUCUGAAAGAAGAAAGACACAUACAGGAUACUUCAAGGGUGAGUAAAACAUAGACACAUUUUCAUUUUUGAGUGAAGUAACCCUUUAAGCUCAUGAAUCAUUUAUGUAACCUGACACCAAAAGUGUUUCUGCAACACUCUGUGUCAUCUAUUAUGUGUUUAACACUGUACAUUGCUACUUUUAGCUCAUCUUGGCUCAUCCUGAAUGUUGACUGAUAUACAGUGUGGGCAUGAGCAGGGCUGUGACACAUCAAUAUUAGGUUGUCAUGGGAAAAGCAAUAACUGGCAAGGUCAAGGUGAUAAUUAAAAUAAAAGUUAUUUAUAACACUUAUUUAAAAAAUAAAUAAAUAAAAAACAGUAUGUGACUAUUAACCAGUAUCAGAAAACACUGCAUAGCAAAUGUGUUGUUACAAUGACAUAUAUACUUCAAACAUUAGGAACUGCUUCAAGUAAAUUUUUGUUUAUUCUGGUUAUUUUACACCAACUACGCCUACAUUUCCUAUGGGGCGUGGCGGCACGUGUCUCGAGCUGCCGGUAUGAUGACAAAUGAAAUAAGGAAGUCAAUCCUGUCAACCGUCAACAUGAGAAGUAGUAUAGCUUUCCUCGUUGUGGCCGUGCUGUUAUGCUUCGUGCUGUCAGCCGAAGCAUCAGAUGUCCUGCGAUGCACAGGAGAGAGACUGAGCGAUGGCCAGUUCUACUUCAAGAUGACAUUUGAUCUGAAAGAGGGUGUUGAUGACUGCGAGACCCAAUGGGUCAUCAAUGGAAUUGUGGCAGGAUUUUCUGAAGCUGAUGGACAUACGGAGUGCAAGCUCCCUCUUCUAAAUGCAACAGCAAACACAGCUGUCUUACAGACCUGCGAUGAAAAACUGGAAUGUUUGCUCAUCUGCCCCUCCGCCAGUAUCAACAAAAGGGAACCGUGCUCUUGUGCUACCACUUCUUCAACUACACUUCCUGAAGUGGGUUUGCCUGACUGGAGACCUGGUGUUUGGAUUGGAGUGAGUGUGAGUCUGGCUGGGAUAAUGUUGCUGUCUCUGAUUGUCACCAUGCUUUAUAAAAGAAAAAAAAAAAGGUCAGAAUUUGCUCUUAGUGGCCCAUGUCCUGAUUCUGAUUCUGAAGCAGCUGUAUCAUUGCACCUGGGCGUUCUUCAGUCUUCACACAUUCAUUAGGAUAUGCCUUCUUUUUCUUUUCUUAACCAUGUCUUAAGCGCUGGAGGGGGUGGGCAAAAUUUUUUAAUGAAGGAAUUAAAUAAAUGGGUAAAGGUAUUUAAGUGAAUAAAUGUACAUAUAUAUAUAAGCGGCUACAUAAAUCACGAUAAGAAACUAUAGCCUAUAUUUUCAGUUCUGAAGGUGGACUUGACUGAGACUGGUGGUUAAAGCCUCAUUAUAAAGCAUUAGCUCUAUGUUUGUGCUGAACAUAUUUAGCAUGUCAGGAUUUUAUAGCUUUCAUGAUUUUGUGUUUGUCUAUUUAAUGAAAUUAUGAUCAUGACUCUUAACUCACCUAAAUUAAGCUUCAGGAUAAAAUAAUAAUAUUAUUAAGUUAUCUACUACAGAAUUUUAUAUUUAAAUAUAAAUUAUGAAAUAUAUUUUACACUUUGUGUCCUCUUUUGGGGCACAAAUAAAAACUAUUGAAAUAAUUUUAUCAUAAAUACUUGUGUGUCUGUUAUGCAAAUGGACACAUUCAGUAUAUACAAGUCAUAAGUAUAUGCAAUUAUAUCCAUAAAUAAAAAUACAUUUUUAAUUAUAUUGUAAUAUACAACAUAUACAACUUAGUAAUAUGAAUUUAUAGUAUAUACAUUUAAUUAUAUUAUUUGUAUUAUUAAUAUAUCUAUCACUGGUCCAGUCAGUCUGGGGGAAAGAACUUGGUGGAUUGCAUGACGUUAUAGUGCGCAUAAAAUGUGUGUGAACAUAAAAAUAACUGUAUGUCCAGGGCAUGUAUUUUUCGUAAACUACUGCUGUGGAAGCAAAAUUAUAUGAAAUGCUGUGCCAGUGAGUACACACAACAAAUAUUAUUACUAAUGAAAUCAACUCAGCACCUGCCACUGCUUCAGAUCCAGUGUUAAAGAUAUAUAUAUAAAAAAUUAUGUAAUUGAUCCACAAUAACUACAUGAUAUGCAUGUAUUAAUUUACAUUACCAGGGUGUGAGGGGCAAAGUUUGAAUAAAAAUGGUAUGUUAUCUUUGGAUAAAGUUCUUUCCCCAUUGUACUGUAGCCACUGAUUUAUAUUCAUACAGAGUCCACUAUUUCUUUGUGGGAAAAGAAAAUGUCACUGCUAGAUUUGAAACAGCGGUAACACUUUAUUUUAGUGGCCAGUUCUCACUAUUACCUAGUUGCUUAUUAGCAUGUCUAUUAUUAACAUAUAGGUUGUUUAUUAGUACUUAUACAGCACUACCUUAACUAUUAAUAAGCAGCAAAUUGGCAGUUUAUUAAGGCAAAUUCAUAGUUAAUGGUUUGUUAAUAGUGAGAAUUGGACCAUAAAAUAAAGUGUGACCACAGCAAAUGUCUGUUUAAAGCAUUACACAUGUCAUGAAUGUUGUUUAAUAAUAUUUGCUUAGCUAUUGUAUUGCAUUGAACCACUAUAUCUUCUUUGUGAUUACUUCUUUCUCUUAAGCACUUAAACCCCUUCUGUCCAGGUGCAAAAUAUUUUGGGGUUAUUUCUAUUAAUAAAAUGCUGCACCACAAUUUUGAUUGUGUACCUGAUUUAUUUUUCAACAAAUAUUUUUCAAAAAGCAACAGCUGAGGAGAACUCUUUAUAUAAGUAUUUAAUUUUAUUUACAUUUACAUUUAGUCAUUUAGCAGACGCUUUUAUCCAAAGUGACUUAUAGAUGAGGACAGUGGAAGCAAUCAAAAACAACAAGAAGAGCAAUGAUAUAUAAGUUCUAUAACAAGUAUCGGUUAGGUUAACACAGUACACGCAGCAUUGGCUUUUAAAUAAUAUAAUAAAUAAAAAGAAAGAAAACAGAAUAGAAAAAGAAUAGAGCAGGCUAGUGUUAGAGGUCUUAUAUAUACACACACACACACACACACACACAUUGCAUAAUAAAUGAAAAAAAAAUAGAAUACAAAAAGAUUAGAAAGGUAGUUUGAUUUUUUUUUUUUAAAGAAUAGAAUUAGAAAAGUGAGUGCUAAAGUAAGAGGGUCAAAUAAAGAUGGAAGAGAUGGGUUUUAAGCAUUUUAGUAUUUCUAGAAUUUACAUUAAGAAAUGUUUUAAGCGUUUAUGACUAUAUUAACUAAUGUUAAUAAAUUGAACAUGAUGGUAUAGCCUAUUCAACACACAAAUAGACAAGGCCUGAUAUAUAAUUAUAUAUACUGACUAAACGCAACGCUUCCAGUUUCACUGACUAGUCACAGUACAGGAAUCUGCACAGAUGGUUUUGCUGGGAAACUGUUGAUCAGAUGAUCAAAAUGUUGGAGUUCUGUCGAUUUAUGCAUUCCCAUCAGAUUUAGCUGUCUCCCAUUAAAACAAUAAGAGCACAAUUUCAGAUUACAAAAUCAGAUUGUGCUUUAUUAAUAAUCACACCACCUUCUACUUUCUCCUCGUACUACAUUUCUAACUAGCAAACAAUUUACCAGAGGAAACCCACUCAACUUUGUGUAGAUGUUGACCUGCAUACUCAUUACAUUUACCCAGAGCCCUUAGUGAGUGCAUCUUCAUUUUCUAAGUUCUCAGUUACCAUAAUGUUCUGAAACAAAACUCUAAUAAGACACUUUUGAGCUUACAG